AUGAGGCACACGUGGGUGUUUCUGAUUGUUAUCGUAGUUUCCUCAGUGUGGACUGAAAGCCAAGCAAAUAAUUCGGAAACAUCUCUAAGUUCAAAGAGCAAAGUUGCUCAUCCGGUGAAGCAUAGCAGCGCGGACCAUUCGAAGAAACCUCAUCUGGAUACAAGUCACAAGUCGGACAAACAUGGCCAUUCUCAAUGCCUGAAGUCCAAGCAAGAAGACAAGCCGAUGAGCUUGACGAAGAAGAACGAACAGAAACACGACCAAAAGCAUGGAGCUGAGAUAAUGCACACGACGAUUAGUCCUGCACAUAAAUCCAUAGUACAUGAUAGUAGGAUGAAGCCCACGACUAAGAAACCCGAACAUAAGAACAUGGAGAGUGCGAAAGGAAGAAUUACAACAACAACGAAGACGACUCCCACAACUCAUAAACCUGCUGUUACUCCUAUAUCUGGAGUAAUUUACUUUAGAAUGAUAGAUGUUCCUAUACGCAUUCAUUGUCCAAUGGGUCAACUCCCAGACAGAAGAGGAAAAUGUAGAGUAAUGUUUUCUAAUAAGUAA